AUUUCUCACUCUCAAAAACAGACACCAAAACAGUUUUAAAAGGCGGGAAAGAAACAAAACAGAGCAAAAAUCCAAAAAACAGAUUCAGAAUGGGAUCUUUGGCUGAAACACAGAUCACUCCGGCUAAAAUCUCCGACGAAGAAGCCAACCUCUUUGCUAUGCAGCUCGCCGGUGCCACCGUGCUUCCGAUGGUUCUAACAUCGGCGUUAGAGCUCGACCUACUCGAGAUCAUAUCCAAGAAUGCUGGUCUUGCUGGUGGUCAACUGUCGCCGUCAGAGAUAGCUUCUCAUCUUCCGACCAAUAACCCUGAUGCUCCUAUCAUGGUCGACCGGAUCCUCAGAUUGCUUGCGGCUUACUCCAUCUUGACAUGCUCUGUCCGUAAGCUUGUUGACGGCGGUGUGGAGCGUCUGUAUGGACUGGGACCAGUCUGCAAGUACCUGACUAAGAACGAACAUGGAGUCUCACUCGCGGCACUUUGUCAUUUGAACAGAGACAGAGUGUUCAUGGAGAGCUGGUUUCAUUUGAAAGAUGCAGUUCUUGAAGGCGGAGUCCCAUUCGACAAGGCAUUUGGUAUGGACGCUUUUGCGUACCAGGGGGCCGACCCAAGAUUCAACAAAGUGUUCAACAAUGGAAUGUCGAAUCACACAACCAUCGUCAUGACCAAGAUUCUUGAGACGUACAAGGGCUUCGAGGGAUUGUCUUCAUUGGUAGAUGUUGGUGGUGGCAUUGGAGUCACUCUCCGUAUGAUUGUCUCCAAGCACCCACACAUCAAAGGCAUCCUUUAUGAUCUCUCUCAUGUCAUUGAGGAAGCUAUAUCCUACCCCGGUAUUGAACAUAUUGGGGGAGAUAUGUUUGUGAAUGUUCCUAAAGCAGAUGCCAUCUUCAUGAAGUGGAUAUGUCAUGAUUGGAGCGACCAACACUGUUUGAAAUUUCUGAAGAACUGCUACGAAGCACUCCCAGACAACGGGAAAGUGAUAGUGGCGGAAUCUAUACUUCCGGUGGUGCCAGACUCAAGCCUCAUAACAAAAGAAGUUGUCCAUAUGGACUGCCUCAUGUUGGCACACAACCCCGGAGGCAAAGAGCGAACCGAGGAGGAGUUUGAGACCUUGGCCAAAGCUUCUGGCUUCCAGGGCUUCCAAGUUGUCUGCAGAGCCUAUGGUACUCACAUCAUGGAGUUCCUCAAGAAGAUAUAAAUCUGUGAAAGAUGCAUGAAUGCAUCCUUUGGCUCCUUUUGCUUCCAAGUUUUGUUUACACCACUAUCGAUAUCUUAUUUCUCUCUUUGAUUUUCUUAUCACUAUGUAUGUCGUUGUUGUAGUUGUUGAAAGAUGCAUUUCUUUGUAAAUGUAGUUUCAACGCUUGUGAAAGUGGAUAUAUAAUAAUAUAAAGCUGGUUUUGUUUG